CGCCCCCCCCCCCCACGCGUGACCCCUCCCCCUUUCUCUCUCACUUAAACUGCGGUGGAAAACGCUCUCUCAAGGCUCUGGUUUUCUUCCUCUCUUACGAUUCUUGGCGGCGGCGAUGGCGCUUCUAAUGAGAAGAUUGUCGAGGGCUAGUGCUCUAGGACUCGGCAAUGCGUUGAGAGUGGAGCCCAACUGGAAAUCCGGUGGCCGCCGGUUUCCCUUUGGGGCGGCCGCUGCCGUCUCCAGCGGCAUCGCUGUCUAUUAUUUCUGCUCGUCUCCCACCAUGCUGGCCCAGCUUGAACCGAAAAGUGAAGAGCCUGCUGGCAAAGUUGCACUUGACCCAGAAAAAUGGUUGGAAUUUAAGCUGCAAGAGACUGCAAGGGUCAGCCACAACACUCAGUUAUUCAGGUUCUCAUUUGAUCCUGCUGCCAAGUUGGGGCUUGAUAUUGCUUCAUGUAUUCUUACAAGGGCACCAAUUGGAGAGGAAUCAGAAGGGAGAAGAAAAUAUGUUAUUCGCCCAUAUACUCCUAUAUCAGACCCAGAUUCAAAGGGCUAUUUUGAUCUAUUAAUUAAGGUUUAUCCUAAUGGGAAGAUGAGCCAGCAUUUUGCAAGUUUAAAGCCAGGCGAUGUUGUUGAAGUCAAAGGGCCAAUUGAAAAGCUGAGAUAUAGCCCAAAUAUGAAGAAGAAAAUUGGCAUGAUUGCAGGAGGCACAGGUAUCACACCAAUGCUGCAGGUUAUCAAGGCUAUUCUGAAGAAUCCUAAUGAUAACACUCAGGUAUCAUUGCUCUAUGCUAACAUAUCACCAGAUGAUAUUUUGCUAAAAAGGGAGCUUGACAGACUCUCUGCUAGCUAUCCAAAUUUUAAGGUAUUUUAUACUGUGGACAAGCCAUCUAAGGACUGGAGAGGAGGUGCUGGGUAUAUAUCAAAGGACAUGAUUGCGAAAGGCUUGCCUGGUCCCACAGAAGACUCUCUUAUACUUGUCUGUGGUCCCCCAGGAAUGAUGAAACACAUAUCUGGAGACAAGGCAAAAGACAGAUCACAAGGCGAGCUCACUGGUCUACUCAGGGAAAUUGGAUACACAGAAGAGAUGGUAUACAAAUUUUAAGAGGCUUAAAGAAUGCAAGGCUGAGAAAUUUUCCCCUGCCUGAUGACCUGGGCUAGAGAAAAUACGAUAGUCGAGCUUUUUAUAACCUAUGUUGGAGGCAAGAUGGAAGAUUGCGACAUUCGAGAUGAUCAAAUAAAAUUUCAUGUGUCAACAUACACCGUAAAUCAGUUUCAAAUCAUACAACUCUCUGGAGCUUUGAAUUGCUUUAUCAGCUGAUUGGAGCCUGAGCACUUCUUGCUUUGCGAUCUGGUAUAUACUAAUGCAACCAUAAUUAUUGCGGAAA